AUGGAACAAACAUUAAAAUAUUGGACCAGAAUUAAGGCCUAUAAAACCAAUAACCCUGUUCACUCUUUAUUAGGGACAGGAUAUUUUGCUAGGUCUAAAUUAAAAAACUACAGUCUCCCAUUUGGUGCUCAUUCUCAGGAAUUAGCUAAAAACUGUGGCUUAAAGGAUGUAAGAGUUGCUGAACACAGGCCCUCCCUGGUUCCGCCAUGGACUCUCAAAUUGCCAGAUGUAGAUAUUUCAUUAACAGAAAAAGUGAAUAAAUCUGAUUUGCCGGAAUUCGCAAAUACAGAAACAAAAAUUUAUUUUGAAAAAUAUUCAGGUCAUUUACACAUAUAUACAGAUGGAUCAAAAUGUCCAAAGUCAGGCAAGGUAGCUUCUGCUGUUGUAGUACCAUCAAAGAGUUAUGAACAAAUAGAUAGGUUAACCAACAAUACAUCCAUCUAUACAGCAGAACUCCUUGCCAUCAAAAACUCUAUGUGCUGGAUUUUGGCCAACAAACCAAGUAAAGUGGCCAUUUUUUCAGUUUCACUCUCUUCACUGACCUCACUGAAAUCAAAUAAUAGUCAGUCGAGGCCAGAAUUGCUGACAGAAAUUAUUAAUUUACAUAAUGAGGGCCUAAACGCAGGUCUAGAGGUCACCAUAGUAUGGUGUCCAGCACACAUAGGUAUAUCUGGUAAUGAGAGAGCGGACUUGGCGGCCAAGGCGGGACUGUUGUUAGACAACAUAACCAAAAAUAUUGACCUCUCACCCACUGAGGUAUAUUCCAGGAUUCGAACCUAUAUUCUUGCCAAAUGGCAAGCAUCAUUGUCUUUAGGCGAACCAAAAAUUAAACAUAUUAAGACCUCAGUGGGGCUCAGCCGUCCACAUAACUAUUCACAAGAUAAAAAAGUAGAUAAGGUCAUAACACGGCUGAGACUAGGUACAAACCUGCUGCCAGGCAAUGCCGGGCAGUAUAUCAUGAAAAUUGAACCGGUUUGUGCCCAGUGUAGAGUGAAAUAUGAUUCCAAUCAUUUAUUAUUGGACUGUAUUGAAUUUGGUAACAACAGAGAUGUGUUGAAACAAACACUUUUAUCCUGUGGCCUUAACUAUACACUUAGAAAUAUACUAGAUCCACCAAAAAUUAAUAGAAUAGCUGUUUUUAAAGCAUUAGAAAAAUUCAUUCUAGAUCGUAGAUUAACAAAUAAAAUUUAA